AAACCCUGCCGUCUCGCCUCGGCCUCUGCCUCGGCCUACUCUUUCUCUGGAGCAAGAACCCUCGCCGCCGCCGACUCCUCCUCCGCUGCCGCAACCAUGGUGCUCGCACGCAAGAAGCUGAGGCAGAAGCUCCACGCGCUCCUCCCCGGCGGGGGCGCCGAGGGGGAGGCUGCCGCGGAGGCGAGGAAGAUCAAGGUGCGGCUCGUGUCCUCCAAGCGGCCCCGCCCCAAGCGCCCGGGCCCCCGCCGCGCCAAGAACAAGAAGGCGUCCCCGAAGAAACCACCCCCGCCGGAGGUGGGUGCGGAGGACCAUGAGGUGGAUGCGGAGGGCCUGGAGGAGCCGGCGGUGGUCGUUGCGGCCACGGAGGAGCCGGCCGUGGACGAGGCGGAGGCGGAGCGGCGGAGGAAGGAGAGGAGGAAGGAGGACAAGGAGAAGCGGAAGAAGAAGAAGGAGAAGUUGAGGGCGAGGAAGCUGGCGGAGGCGGAGGCGGCCGCGGGCAAGAAGAAGUCUGACGGAGAGCCGGGGGAGCUGGGCCUGGAAGCGGACGGUGCUGGCGACCUGGAGGAGCCGGCGGUGGUGGACGAGGCGGAAUUAGCGCAGAAGGCGGAGGUGGAGCGCCGGAGGGAGGAGAGGAGGAAGGAGAAGAAGGAGAAGAGGAGGGUCAGGAGGCUGACGGAGGCCGAGGCGGCGGCGAACAAGAAGUCCGACGAUGAGGCGGAGAAGCAGGACGCGGAAGCGGCCGCCGCCGAACCUGCCGUGGCAGACGACAGUGAACACAAUCUAGACGUCACGAAGGUGGAAGGAGAGGCGGAGAAAAUUAAGUCAGAAGAGGUGAAGGAAAUUAAGUUAGAAGAGGCUGGCCAGGCAGGUGUAUCCGACAAUCCAAUUGUGCCGCGAGAUAGUGAGCAAAGUAUGAAGAAGGUGUAUGUUGGUGGCAUCCCGUACUAUUCAUCUGAGGAUGACAUUAGGAGUUUCUUUGAAGGAUGCGGAAGUAUCACUGCGCUGGACUGCAUGACUUUUCCUGACACCGGGAAGUUCAGGGGUAUUGCCAUUCUCACAUUCAAGACUGACGCCGCCGCAAAAAGGGCAUUGGCUCUUGAUGGUGCAGAUAUGGGAGGGUUCCUUUUGAAAGUCCAGCCUUACAAGGCUAACCGCGAAAAGGUCAAAUCCAACCAUGAGAAGGAAGAUUUUGCACCAAAGAUGAUAGAGGGAUACAAUAGGACAUAUGUUGGAAACCUAGCUUGGGACGUAACAGAGGAUGAUCUGAGGAAGUUCUUUUCUGAUUGCAAGAUCUCAUCCAUCCGUUUUGGAACAGACAAGGAGACAGGUGAAUUCAAAGGGUUUGCACAUGUUGAUUUCUCUGAUAGCACAUCUCUUGCUAUUGCUCUGAAGCUUGACCAGAACGUGAUUAAGGGGAGACCAGCCAGAAUCAGAUGUGCUGUUCCAAAGAAAGAAAACCAGAAACCAGAUGACAAUGCAACUUCAGAUUCAUCAAAGAACAGCAUCCGUACAUGUUAUGAAUGUGGCACUCCUGGCCAUCUCUCUUUUGCUUGCCCUAAUAAGAAGGUUUCUGAAGUCAUAUCUAGUGAAAAUAAGGAUAAUGUCGAUUCAGCUGAAGCAUUGUCCAAGAAGAGGCGCACUUGUUAUGAAUGUGGCGUUCCUGGCCAUAUAUCGUCAGCUUGCCCCAACAAAAAGACUUCUGAAGUCAUAGCUGAUGAAUAUAAGGCCAAUAUCGACUCAGCCACAACAUCGUCGAAGAAGAGACGGACAUGCUAUGAAUGUGGCGUUCCUGGUCAUCUAUCAUCUGCUUGCCCAAAUAAAAGUGCUCCUGAAGUCAUAGUUGAUGAAAAUAAGGCCAAUACUGAGUCAGCCACAACAGCAUCGAAGAAGAGACGGACAUGCUAUGAAUGUGGCGUUCCUGGCCAUCUGUCGUCUGCUUGCCCAAAUAAAAGUGCCCCUGAGGUUGUUUCUAACUACACACAGCCUUUUGAUGAACCGAAGUAUGAACCUUACAUGGCUUCUGAGCAGAAUAAAAUAGACGAUGGAUCAACUUCAGCACCUUCAAAGCGGAGGAAAUGUUAUGAAUGUGGCAUCUCCGGUCAUCUCUCAUCAGCUUGCCCCAACAAGAAGGCUACUGUGAUUAGUCCUGAGGAAGCUAAACCUGUUGGUGGCUCAAGCAUGGAACCUUCAGCUGUUUCUGUUGAGAACAAACCUAGUGGCGACACAAGCUCGGCGCCUCCAAAGAAAAAGAAGAGAAGGACGUGCUAUGAAUGCGGCAUAGCUGGUCAUCUCUCCUCAGAGUGCCCCAACAUGGCCAAAUGAUCAUGGUGGACCAGUUGCUUUUUGGUAGUUAGUGCCCUUCGUUCGGGCGCACGAAGAAUUUUCUCCUGUGAAGGAGAGGAAAUGGUUCCUCACUAGCAUGAUCAAGAGACAAUUUACUGAGCAAUCUUGUAUCUUCCAUUUACCCUUAUCAAAUUUUGACUGCGUCGUAUAUUCUUUAUGGGUGGAAAAGUUUGGCUGCGUGAUGAAA